AAAGAUAACAAUAGUUGCAUACAUUUACUUUACUUUAUUUUUAUAGUACUUUAGUUCUCCCUAAAAGAAAGGUAAAACAACGGAAAUGAACGAGAAUAAUACGGAUAAAAAUCAAUCAGAAAGUCCUCAUGACGAUUGCACAAUAGCACCUAUCAUUUUACGUAAAGAACACAACAUAGUAAAACACUGUUUGGCUGAUUGUACAAUCAUUUCAACGGUUUCUUCUGUAUGUAACAUCUACUUUUGGAUUGUUAAAAAUAAUAGAAAUUCAAUUGUUGAAGUUCAAUGUAAUUCGUCUUAUGGAUAUCAUUUAUAUCAUGAUAAUGAAAUUUCAAUUAUUGAUAUAUCCGUUGAUAAAGAUUUAUACGUUUUGGAAAGACUUUUGGAUCAUACGAAUAUUAGACGAUUGGAAUGUGUUCAGGCUAAUUAUCAACUAAGCUUUAUUGGAAAAGUUGAAGCUAAUAAUCCAGUAUCUUUUACAUGUAUCAAUGAUGGAUUCUUGAUACUAUGCAAUCGAACUAUUUAUAAAUUCUCCCGUAAUCCCUUUGAGAAACUCUGGUUAACGCAAUUACCUUUCGAAGGCAAUGUUACAAGCUUGAAAUGUGAAAAGUUUAACUUAUUCGUUCUUUGCGAAGAUGGUCAUAUUUUUUACGCAAACAUUCUUACUCCAAACGAAAAUUUUUUUCAAAUAUCACUUAAUUUCUCACCGUUUUUCUAUCCAAACUCCUCUAAUCCCACACUUCCCCUACUUGACUCGAAAGAGUUUAUUUAUAAUCAAAGCGUUAUUUAUGUUAUAGAUCCAGAUAGGCAAGAAGCGGAUUGCUAUAGUGUGUUGAAACUUUAUAAAUCAUUUAAGAUAUUUGGAUGUGCCAGAUUUGAGAGAAUUUCUUUGUUCUACAUUGUUCAAGAAGAUGAUGAUAUACGAACAAUUUUAACCGUGUCUUAUUAA